UGGGAGACCAGGAGGUGCUGGACUGAACAGUCCAGCAUCUGGUAGUGAAGAAGGAAGCCAGCAUGGAACCAAUAACCCUGAUGUGUCAUCACAAAUGAGUCUGGCAGCAAGUGGCUCGCUAUAUCGAGGGAUGGACCGAGCCUUCUGUGUGAGAAUGAAGAGUACACUGACCAAAAGAGGCUGUCACUUCAAGUCUUCAGGAUACAGGGUUGUUUUGAUGCUGUGCCGCCUUCGACCUCAGUACUCCUUUUCUCAUAGCCGCAAGUCUCCGACAGUACUCCUGGGCAUGGUGGCUCUAGCCAUAGCAUUACCACCACCAUCAGUCCACGAGAUCAGAUUGGAGUCAGAUAUGUUCGUCACCAGAAUCAACUUUGACUUCCGAAUAGCACAUUGCGAGCCCAGCAGGGUGUCAGAGCUUCUAGGCUACACUGCGGAGGAGCUGACGGGGAAAAAUCUCUACGCGCUUUGCCACGGAGAAGAUGCCAACAAACUUAGAAAAUGUCACGUAGAUUUAAUGAACAAAGGCCAAGUCCUGACACACUACUAUAGGAUAAUGAACAAGCUCGGUGGUUACACUUGGAUGCAGACGUGUGCCACAGUCGUCUGCUCCUCUAAGAACGCUGAGGAACAAAAUAUUAUAUGCGUCAAUUAUGUUAUUAGUGGACGCGAGUAUCCAAAUACUGUAAUGGACUGCUGCCAGCUAGAAGAGAGCGUGCAAGGAGUUAAGAGAGAGGAGACAGCCGGAGACCCAGAGAAUGGCCCUCCAGACACCGACAACUCGGGCGCCCCGCCUCCGCCACCGCGCCAUCCAACCGAACGCACUGAACCCCCGACCAACACAGACGCAGCCUCCAGUGCCCCAGUCCCCACGUCUGACGUCACUCAUCUAACAAGACUCAGUGAUGCACAACCCUUACCCCUCCACACAAACACUGACAGAACUUCACCCAUGCCAGCCAGAAGACAAAAGAAACGCAAGCAUACCACUGACUGCGAAGAUGAGGCAGAAAGAGACGAAGAAAGGCGAAAGACCUCUUCCAACCCUGGAGCUGCUAUAUCACCAGCAGAAAGAGACAUCACCAAAACAAAUCUAGCAAUACCCGAAGGUGGAUCAGAUGCGACGUCCGUUAGAGAUCUAGAGAAUGCUAUGUCGAAGCAUUUGCCCUCUGUAGCUUUAGAUGGUAAAGAAAUCUCUCACAGACCGACAGAUUUCUCCACCGAUGCUCUGCUAAAACAGCAGCAACAAAAGUCAACAAUACAGUGGAUAGGGACACAGAACCAUCAUCUAAAUCCCUUGAACAGGCAGAUUCCUGGCAAUCACACUUCUACUCCAGCAUCGGCACUGUUAAGACAGCUGUACGCCAACAGAGAAAGUGUUAUUCGAAGCAACUUCUUAGGUGACGGUAGAACUGGUGGUUACUACUCCAAUGAUGGACAAACCGGACCUUUGCCGACACCUCCAGGUAGCGAAGGGUCCGGCUAUAGCGAGCAACUAGGACAUAAGGGCACAGAUAUAGGUUCUCUAGCUUACGGAGGGUAUGCUGACUACCAUUCGGCCAUGACGCCACCAGGCUCCGUGUCACCAAGAGACAAGCAGCAGUACGCUUUGCCGUACGAUAAUAGUGCUUAUUCGGAGGCGUUAAGGCACUCGUAUUUAGGUGAAGCUCCACUGCCGUUGAAGCCUCAGGCGUAUUCUGCCGUGCCUGGGGCCUUAGAUUACGCAUCUUCAUUAGACCAGUCGCAGUUCUUCCACCCGCCCUCAUCGUUCCACCUCUAUCACCCGCAGGCGCACGCCGCCCACGCCUCUCACUCUCACCAGCCCGUAGAUAAGUCAGCUCCGCCAAACACCAACUGGUAUUCGGCAAGCUCAUAGCCGUAUCCUCAAUAAAAUGUUCGCUUGUUUUACACGCUGUUGUUAAGUUUUCACAUUUUGUUGAUUAUUCAGGGCUCAAUUAGAAUUAAUCCCCUGAUGCAUUAUCAGAAAAUGUAUACGGUUAAAGACUUCCAAACUAAAAUACUCAAGACACGUCUCUUUAAAAUGGAGUCCUCUAUUUUUUCGGAGUUCAUAUUUUUGAAUACUCUAAAGGAAUGUGCCAAAAAUUGUGCUUUAGGCAUGGACCUUGCAUUUAUAUAUCAAUUACACUCACAAACUUCUAACUUACCUUCAAUCGAUAAAAGUAUGAUUUUCUUAAUCCGAUAUUAUGAUAUCAAUUACCUUAAAUAACCUAUACAGAUAGGCGGAUAUAGGUUUCUUCUAAAAGAAAAUAUACGAUAGAUUAUAAUUGUCAUUUAUAACCAAUCUUUAUCGACAAAACAUCGAAAGAUUUGCGUAAUUAAUCGACUUUAAUUUAAUUAUCCAGUGAAAUCAUGAGCUAUAUCGAUAGCUUGUUGCAUAUCAUUUAUAGUUAAGCUUUUUGUAAAUUAUUGUACAAUAGUUUAUUGACAUGACUGUAUUUAGGCUAUAGUAUAAUCAUUUAAUAUUGUAAAUUGUAGUAUUUAAGUAUUGUAUAUUAUUUUUAUUAUUCAAUAUAAGGUUUCAUUGUAAAUAAUUACUGUCAUCUACACUACUAGAUAUUAAUCGAAUUUCAAAUAAAUCGAUAAACAAUCUUAUCGAUUAAUCGUUAUUUUUAUUUGACAGUUGAAAAUCAUGUCGCCUUUUUUAAAUUGUUUCAUGUUUUUGUAAUUCAGUCUUGUAACGUGUUUCGUCAUUUAAAUGAUCAUGACAAAUAAUUUAUUAUAGUCAAAAUACUCAAAGCAUUCCAUUUUGUUUUAUAGUCAAGCCAAAUACAAAUCCUUUUGUUAGAAAAGUUGUAUCUAAUUUUUAUAUUAAUUCGAUUAGGUGUUACAAUAAAUAAUAAUUGGUAAUAUUUAUGCUAUUUUUAACUGUGCAAUACAAGUGAAAAAUGUUGUUCAUUUCAAUUUUAUAAGGCUUCGUUAAUGUAUCGUAUUUAAGGUAAUAAUGAUUAAAAUUGUAAUAAAGUUGUAAUUAUUAUAAUAAAAAUUGGGAUAGGCUUGUCACGCGAUUA